GCGCCGGACUACAUCUUCCAGCGGCCCCUGCGCUUCGGGAUAGUAAGAUGGUGGCGCGCGGUAGGAGGAAACGUGCGGUGCAGGACACGGAGGGGCGCCUUCCGAGCCCCCUGGGCUACUCAGCUGUUCCAAUCAAGUUCUCAGAAAAGCAGCAGGCUUCUCAUUACCUCUAUGUGAGGGAACACAGAGUUCGAGAAGGUGCCCAGUCCACCUGGCCUCAGAAGCGCACUCUGUUUGUCCUCAAUGUGCCCCCGUACUGCUCGGAGAAUACCACCAGAGAAGUCCCCAUCUUCCUUAGACUGGGGGCAUGGGGACACCUGUUCCUGCAUUGUCCUUCUGGGAUCUGGUCAGCAGACAAGGAGUCCCUGUCUCGCCUCCUGUCCCCCUGCGGCCUGGUCCAGUCUGUGGAGCUGCAGGAGAAGCCGGACCUUGUGGAGAGCCCAAAGGAGCCCAAGUCCAAGUUUUUCCACCCCAAGCCUGUUCCGGGCUUCCGGGUGGCCUACGUGGUGUUCCAGAGGCCCAGCGGAGUGGCUGCCGCCUUGAUCCUGAAGGGCCCCCUGCUGGUCUCCACUGAGAGUCACCCUGUGCGGAGUGGCAUUCACAAGUGGAUCAGUGACUAUGCAGAUGCGGUGGCUGACCCUGAGGCCCUGCGAGUCGAGGUGGAUGCGUUCAUGGAGGCCUAUGACAAGAAGGUUGCCGAGGAGGAGACCAAGGCCAAAGGGGAGGAAGGGGUCCCGGAUGAGGAGGGUUGGGUGAAGGUGACACGCCGGGGCCGGCGGCCUGUGCUGCCCCGGACGGAGGCCGCCAGCCUGCGGGUAUUGGAGCGGGAGAGGCAGAAGCGGGCGCGCAAGGAGCUGCUCAACUUCUACGCUUGGCAGCACCGCGAGACCAAGAUGGAACACCUAGCACAGCUGCGCAAGAAGUUCGAGGAGGACAAGCAGAGGAUUGAGCUGCUGCGGGCCCAGCGCAAGUUCCGGCCCUACUGAGCUGCAGGAGCACAUGGGGUGGGUGCUCCGGGGAGUGGGCACCAGGCUGAGCAGCUCCAGUGUGAAGCCACCAGGGGCCCGUCCUGGGCCUGGUGUUGGGGAGGCCUCCCCAGCGAAAGGACGGCCCACGGGAAGCAGCUCUGUCCCUACCACCUGGAGCGGCAGUGAGGGCCCUGUGGUAGGGAAGCAGCCCCUAGGAGUGAAGGACAGGAACGUCUUAUUUCCCUUCGAGCUAGCAGCACAGGGGGCUCCGGAAGCCCAGGAGGCCUGGUCCCAGGCCUUGCUUCCUUUACAUACCCUCAGACCCAGAAACCCUCCCCUGCUUUUUUCUUUUCUUCCUUUAUGUGGUAUUGGGACUUGGACCCAGGGUCUUCACACUGAUCUACUUCCCCAGCCCAUUUUUGAGACACUAAGCUGUCCAGGCUGGGUUUAAACUUGAGAUCCUCCUACCUCAGCCUCCCAGAGUACUGGGCUUACAAGUGUGUGGCCAGCUUAACUGUUCCCUUCUGAAGUCACAGAUGUUCAAGUCAGCAUCUUGGCCCCUUCCACUGGCUAUGCCAGCAGGCUCUGCUGUCCACCUUGGUCUUCUAGACCUUUGAGCCCCGAUCCCUCCCCCGCCUCGCGGGGCUGGGAGCUCAGAGUCCACGUGGAGGCUGGCAGGUCUGGUGGCUGUGAGGUCCUGGGACCCUGUGCAGCUCUGUAGGAAGCUGCUGCUGCCAACACGGUGGGACGUUCAUGUGGACGGUGAUUGCCCAGGACCUCUGAAAAUGAACUGCUGGAGAGGGGCAUGUGGCAAGGGCCAUGUUGCUGCCCACCAUGGCCAGCUGGACAUGGGCUCUCUGGGGCCUGCUGCCUCCCAGCCAUGGUGUCCAAGCCCCAGGCACGCGGAGGCCACCUGGGGCCCUGGGCCACCUGAACUGGAGAGGCCACUGUCAGGGCCACCGCCGAGCCUGACGGCUGACUAGGACCCCCGAAAGGACAGGGUGGAGCUGGCUUGGGACCCCUCCCCCGGGCUGUCCCUGACUGCCCCCUCAGCCAGCAUGGGAGGCUGCGUGAGUGGAUGGGGACCGUGAAGUGCCAGGGAAUCACAGGGGUGCAGGUGGGGCCCAAGUCAGCACCAGCCUUGCCCCUGCUCUGCAGCACACACCCGUGCUCAUGGGCCGGGGAAAUGGCCGGGAAAUGGCCAUGAUAGGGAAGUGCUGCACAAUAAAACAGACCCUUGCCUUGCCUCCAUUUCUGUUUUUUUCCAGAGAAUGUUUUGUUUUGGAAAUAUAAGUUUGUGCUGCUGGGCUCCUGCCCUGUGUAUCAAAAUACUUUGUGACGGAA